GGAGCCUGGCGGCCGCCAGCGUCUCACCUUCUGACUGCGUUUUCCAUGGCUGAUUCUGCGGUUCCUUUCUCGCUGGGCCCGAGUGCCCCGGCCUCCAGCACCUACCGAAAGGCUGCAGGAACUAAACAGACAAGUGCCCUCCAACCAGAAGAUGCUUCCAGAAGACGGGCAGAACUAGAAACUGCGGUGCAAAGGAAGGUGGAGUUUGAGAGGAAAGCCAUGCACAUUGUUGAGCAGCUUUUGGAAGAGAACAUCACAGAGGAAUUCCUAAAGGAGUGUGGGAUGUUCAUCACUCCGGCUCACUACAGCGAUGUCGUGGACGAGCGGUCCAUCAUCAAACUCUGUGGCUAUCCUUUAUGUCAGAAGAAGCUCGGAGUCAUCCCUAAACAGAAGUAUAGAAUUUCUACUAAAACCAAUAAAGUCUAUGAUAUUACUGAAAGAAAGUCUUUCUGCAGCAACUUUUGUUACAGAGCAUCUAAAUUUUUUGAAACACAAAUUCCCAAAACUCCAGUAUGGGUUCGAGAGGAAGAAAGGCCUCCUGAUUUUCAGCUGCUGAAGGAAGGACAAAGUGGCUGCUCUGGAGAAGUAGUGCAGUUUUUCAAAGACGCCAUUACAGCAGCAGAUAUUGAUGGUCCUGGUGCCUGUGAAGGUCUGUCUCCCAGCACGUGUAGUGAAUGCACCAGUGAUGAUGAGCAAGGCUUCGUUUCCUCGCUUCUCCCAGGAGACAGACCGCAGGCAGCAGAUACGAGGCCACAGCCGUGCAAAGACAGCAGCACAAUGAAAAAGAAAGCUGAUCAGAAAGUGGACUCCAAGCACAGAGAACAGACAGUGGCAGAUGUCACUGAGCGGUUGGGUAACUGCAAGUUGGACAGUCAGGAGAAAGCCUGUGAACUUCCCUCAAAGAAAGAAGAUGCUCAGAUUUCUUCACCCGGCCCACUGUAUGAAGGACUGCACACCUUAGCAGUUCCUGACAACAGGCGCAGUGUGCCAGAGGUCACUCUUGUGGGGAUUAGCAAGAAAAGUGCUGAGCAUUUCAGGACCAAAUUUGCCAAAUCUAACCAAGGUUCCAAGUCAGCCUCCGGCCCGGUGCAGGUAUGUCCUGAGGUUGCAAAGGCAAACUUACUUCGAGUUCUAAAGAACACCUUGACUGAAUGGAAGACAGAAGAAACACUGACGUUUUUGUAUGGCCAAGAUUGUGCCUCUGUGUGCCUGAAACCAUCCUCGGCCCCUGUACCUGAUGAAGAACUCGAUGAAGAUGACAUAAGCUGUGAGGCAGGUAGUUGUGGUCCUGCCCAGAGCCAGCCUCAGAACAACCUUGAUGACACACUACCAGUCAGAGGCUCAGGUACGGCCAUUAAGCCAGUGCCCACCUAUGAGAGCUUGAAAAAAGAAACUGAAAUGCUGAACCUGAGGGUCAGGGAGUUCUACAGAGGACACUAUAUCUUAAAUGAAGAAAUGACCAAGUUGCAGGACCCAGGAGAGAAUGUGUUUCGGCAUGAUCCCAGCUUCCCACUGAUUGAUUCAAGUUCCCAGAACCAGAUUAGAAAACGGAUAGUCCUUGAAAAAUUGAGCAAAGUAUUGCCUGGACUUUUGGGUCCUCUUCAGAUUACAAUAGGCGAUGUUUACUCUGAACUUAAAAACCUUGUGCAAACUUUCAGGAUGGCAGUGAACAGAAAAGACCUUAUCUCAUGGUGCUUCACCCUGACAGAGAGCUGUGUGCCUUCAUUGUCAAAUCGAAACAUCAUACACAAGCCUGUGGAAUGGACUUUAAUCGCUGUGGUGUUGCUGACAUUAUUGACACCAGUUCUUGGCAUUCAGAAGCAUUCUCCGAAAAAUGUGGUAUUUACACAGUUUAUAGCCACCCUGCUGACAGAACUGCAUUUAAAAUGUGAAGAUCUUGAAAAUUUAACCAUCAUAUUUAGAACCAGCUGCUAAGAAGCAUGAUAUAAUUCAGGAAGAUAGAAGAUGAAUUCUACUCACCAUAUCUGGAAUUUUAGCCAGUGAGGAUCCAUGAGUGACUGACAGAGAAAAUAACUUCCUCAGGAGAGCCAUGACCCCAGCAGGAAAACCUGAAACUUGAAUGAAUAUUGAAUAUUCAAGAAAAUGCAAUUAACCUUUUUUUUUUUUUUCUGGUUGAUUACAGCCAGAAAAUUUUAGUUUUGGCCAGUUGUAAACUGUUAUGCAAGUACCAGCAAAAGUUAGGUCAAUAAAUGUGACCUUCAUUGAAGUCCUU